AUGGAAAAUGGUGCAAUCUCUGAUAAACAAAUCAGUGCAUCCUCUGAAUGGAAUGAAAAGCACUCUGCCAACAUGGGGAGGUUACACUUUGACGGAGGAGCACUGGGCAAGGCGAGCGCAUGGAUUUCACUCACAAAAGACGGCGACCAGUGGCUACAAAUUGAUCUCUUUAGUUUGGGUAAUAAAUACACCAGAAUAACAGGUGUAGCUACACAAGGAAGAAGGAAUGAAAACUACCAGCAGUGGGUGAGCAAGUAUAAACUGCAGUACAGCAAUGAUGGAGUGAAUUUCCGGUAUUACAAAGAACAAGGACAGACUGCGGACAAGGUAUUA